UGUGUAUUGCGAAAAGAAGAAGAAUAUGAGAGCUGACAGCUGUCAACUCGCUUUUCCUUUCUUUCCGGUCUCUGCUCCAUAGAAGACGCAAACAUGUUCAUGCCAAAGGCUCAUCGUGUCGCCAUUUAUGAGUACCUCUUCAAGGAGGGCGUCAUUGUGGCCAAAAAGGAUUUCCAUGCACAGAAGCAUCCCGAACUGGAGUCGAUACCCAAUUUGCAUGUCAUCAAGGCACUGCAAUCGCUGCACUCGCGCGGUCUCGUCAAGGAGCAGUUCGCAUGGAGGCACUACUACUGGUAUCUGACCAACGAGGGCAUUGAGGAGCUGCGCAGCUAUCUGCAUUUGCCGCCCGAAAUUGUGCCCUCCACUUUGAAGCGGCCGACACGCUCGGAACCGUUGCGUCCACGCCCAGCGGCUGGUGGACCACGCGGCCCAGCCGAUGCCUCCAAAACGGGCGAAGAUCGUUCCGCCUACAGACGCGCACCCGGCGGCAGCGGUGUGGACAAGAAGGGCGAUGUCGGACCCGGCGCCGGUGAGGUCGAGUUCCGUGGCGGCUUUGGACGUGGCUCGCGCAACUAGACAGCGUUUUUUUUUAUUCAACUUAAAUUUAAACGAGUUCCAUUCUGGAACUAACCCAACAACAACAAAAAACAAACAGAAAUUGUGUGAAUGUUUUGUAUUAUGAAGCAAAAGAUUGCAGCAAUGCAAUACGACAAAUUAUAAAGCAAGCGCAAAGUGAAACAAGAA